GUCGAGAUUUCACCUGCAAAGCUUGCUUGACACCGGAUACGUGUUCAAUGGUCAACGGAUCAGCUACGAGUGCCGUUUGAGGUUCAAACUUCUGUUUCUGAGGUUACCUCUCUACCGUUAACGUCCGUUAGUGUACCUUUUCGACUUUCCACUUUCCAAAAGAUAACGACGGCGUUAAAUUGGUCUAUUUACUGAACCAGCUUAACCAGAAUUAGAUUACAUUACAUUCAGCUGAACCAACUGAAAUCUGUGCUGAUGGAGAAAUAUCGGUUCGGUUUGGUUGACUUGUUCAUUAGUGAUUAUAAUUAUUAAAAUAAACCGACCGGUUCAGAAAAUAGGUUAUUAAAGGUAAAAAGAACGGCAAGUAACGGUGUGACGUCAGCUGAAGAAGUAUUCGUUAUAAUAGUAGAGAGAGAGAGAUUAUAAUUUAACCCUUUUUAUGUUUUUUUUUUUUUUUUAUAUUUUCUUUGUUUCGAUCAAGUCUUCUCUUUCUCUCUCUAUCUCUCUCUCUGGUUCAACGGGCAAAGUAUUUUUCGAAUAAAGGUUUGGUUUUUUUUUAACGUUCCUUUCGGCUUCUUUCUUCUUCUGCUGGUGAAUUCGUGUAUCUAUCUAUCUCGAUGAGCUCCACUUUGAAUCCAGCGGCUUCUUCUCCAGAUGAGAUGGAUCUUCAGGAAGAAGCAGGUGAAGUGAAAGUUGAGGAUCAGUGUGUAGAAAACAAGCAAUCAACACCUGCUUCGUGCUCUUCUGUAUCUGAAGGUAGUGCUGGUAGUUCUCACAAGUCACCUACAAUUGCAAGUCCUCCUGCCACAGUUUCACCAACUCAUAGAUACCUCGGGAGGACGAGUGGCCCUAUUAGGCGAGCGAAAGGUGGAUGGACUCCGGCAGAGGAUGAGACAUUGAGACGAGCAGUUGGCACGUAUAAAGGGAAGAGCUGGAAGAAUAUAGCGAAAUUUUUCCCUGAUAGAACUGAAGUUCAAUGCCUGCACCGGUGGCAGAAAGUUCUAAAUCCAGACCUUAUUAAGGGACCUUGGACACAAGAGGAGGAUGAGAAAAUCGUUGAACUCGUUGAAAAAUACGGGCCUGCGAAAUGGUCUGUUAUCGCACAGUCUUUACCAGGUCGAAUUGGGAAGCAAUGUCGAGAAAGGUGGCACAACCAUUUGAAUCCUGAUAUUAACAAGGAUGCUUGGACCUCAGAGGAAGAAGUAGCUCUCAUGAAUGCUCAUCGAAGCCACGGAAACAAAUGGGCUGAAAUUGCUAAGGUCUUACCUGGCAGGACUGAUAAUGCAAUAAAGAACCAUUGGAAUAGUUCACUGAAAAAGAAGUCAGAAUUCUACUCAAUGACUGGUAGGUUACCACCACCAACAACAGCAAAGAACGGUGUUCCUGAUAGUGUAACUAAACGUUCAUCGUCCUCUCAGAAAAGGGUUUUUGGUUCAGUUACUCAAACCUCAUCAGGAACUACAGAUAAAAACAAUCCCGAUGAAGACAGAAAUGGCCAAAUAAACUCUACUGUUCCGGUCGAAGAAGUAGUAGCUGCUUCACGAAUGACUGGUGUUAAUGAGUAUGCUCGUUCUCCUCAGUUGCCUAACCCAGAGCCAUUGCCAGAGAAUGGUGGAGCUGCAAAUAAUGGUUAUCAUCUGUACUACACGCCUCAAAUAGAGUAUUACAUGGCGUCAGAAGUGGAUACGCAGCGUAUGUAUGGGUAUGAAUGUGGUUGCAGUCCAAGCGCAUCACCAGUUAGCUUCUUCACUCCACCGCCAUGUAGAAAUGCGUACAGUAACGGUUCAACUCCAAGAAGUCCUGAAUCUUACCUGAGAGAAGCUGCUAGAACUUACCCAAACACACCAUCCAUUUUCAGGAAAAGACGACCCAGGGUUGUUGUUGAGGAUAACAACAAUGCCGAGAAAACAGAUGAAGCUAAAGAGGUUGAUCAAAAGGUGAAUGAUGGUAAGGAUAGUUCAGAAAGCCCUAACUGUGAAGAGAUUCAAAAGAAUGGAUCAAAUGCUUACAAUCUAUCUCCUCCGUAUCGGAUAAGAUCGAAAAGAACAGCAGUUUUCAAAUCAAGACAGCUUGAGUUUAUAUCUGCAGAGGAAGAGAAAGCUGAUGAUGAAACCAAAUCAUCUGAGAAAGAUAUGUUGAUUGAUGGAGAUUCUCAACUCCUAGUCUAAACAGAGACUUGUCUUUACACGCUGAAUGUUGUUUCAUUGGUUUUUAUAUUCUUUUUUUAUUUUUGGGUUAAAGCUAGAGAUGUUAGAUGUAUUUAAUCCAAAGAAUAAUUUACACCUCAUAUUGAGUUCGGUUUGGUUUUUCCAUAA